GGCCCUGAGCAGAAGAGCCCUGUGCAGGCUCCAACGCAGGUCUGUUGAGCCAAGCUCCCCCGUCUCUCUAACGCGCGGCUGGGACCCAGGCGGCUCAGGCACGUGCAGCCCGCCGCAAGCCGCACGCGCAGGAACACGGCCCCGGCUCACCCCUAGCGAGACUACGCUGCGCAAGCAGCACCGGGGAGGGGGAGUGACGCACGCGACAGACGGUCACGCGCCGGGAGACCGAAGUAAGUCGCACAUGCGCAGUGGCGUGCGGUGAUCUCGCUCCGCGUACGCUGCGUGCAUUGGGCGGUCCGGCGGGUGAUGACGCAGCACGUGGUGGCGGUUUGAAGUCCUGGCGCGGCAGAGCCCGCGCGGUACUCUGCAGUGAUGUCGCUUGUGAGGCCCUUCGAUAAACUCCCGACGCUCAACUCGGCCGCUAUCUUGUUGGUGGGCACAGAUGAAAGUCAGCAGCAGCAGCUAGCAGAGGCAAUUCUUAAGGAGAAAAAAAACUUCAAGAUAAAUAUCCACGUGGCGACCUCCCUCCCUUUACCUGCUGAGAGAGAUCAUAUCCGGCCCCGGAUUGAUCUGAUUGCCUUUAUGAUUAACAUGCAAAGCAAACACAGUCUUAGGAAUGUUGAAGCUUCACUAUCACACAUGGAUGCCAACUUCUUCCUUGGGAAAGUGUGCUUCCUCAUCACAGGUGUUGGUAGGAUGAAUCACUGCAGCGUAGAGAUGAAUGCUGUCCGGAAACUGGGAAACCUCUACUGCAGCCCUGUCCUAUUCUGUGAGCUGGAUUCUGAAGGAAUCAGAGUUGCCACAGCUCAGCGGCUGCUCCGGAUGUUGCAGAUCUGCGCUGGUCACAUGCCGGGGGUUUCUGCCCUCUUCUUCAGUUCUUUGAUGAAAAGCUCCAUUGAUGAGUAACCUUGAUGUAAAUCCAUUGCCAUUCUUCCUGUCCACACUCUGAUGCUGUUUCAAACUGCAGAAAUAGACAGUAAUGGGAAUUUUAUUGAGACGCUUUUUCUGUUGAUUUGUAAUGAGGCCAGCUCAUCCCAUGCUGCUCCUUGCUUUUGUUACCUUUAUAGGAAAGGCUUAGUUCCUGUUUGGUGGGUGGUGGCUGGAGCCGUACUAGUGAAUCUCCUUUCACUCCUAGGUCCCAGUUUGAAUUAACCCCAUUUGUUAGUGACCAAGAGCUGUGUAGCCUUCUGAUUGCUGUAUGGGAAGUGGGAGAUGGCCAUGUCCUUAGGUCAGUGUGUAUCAUAGCAGGUAGGUGUUCUUCAGAGGCACAGCAGUCAUGGAGAAGAAGUAUCAGAAGUCUGCAAGGCUGCUGCCUGUUCUCUGCCUAGUACCAAUGGACUAUUUCACCAGGGAGAACAUAGGAAAGCAUUAGGAAGAGUUUUUUGCAGUAUUCAAAUUGAAAUAGGGCACUUCUCUCAAAUGCAAAACAUUCACUUACCCAUAAAGCCCCUUAAAGGAAGGAAGCCAGUUUAGUAGCCGCCAUACAUACAGCAGUUGGCAGUAAUGAACAAGCAGUUGGGGGAUAUGCAAAGAAAGAUUGGCCUAGCCUUUCUAAUCCCCAAAUAUCUAAGCAGAGAGGGAGGAGGGGCUUAAAGGAGACAGCCCAGCAAUUUGGCAUUUUUUCUUUCUUUGAAAAAAAUGGUCAUCUUUUGUUAUAUAGCCCCAGCAAACUGCCUGGCAGGUAACACCCCCCCCCCCCCCACCACACACCUGACUAAUGAGUCUGACGGUCACAUUCAAUGCUGUGCCAUUGCAAGUCAAAAAGUCUCCACAGGACAGAGAGAAUAUCAGAGCAUCAGAGGAGGUGGGGGAGUGUUGCUAGUCCAGGUGUGUGAAUGGGGGCAUGGAUUUGCUCAGUGCAGUGGUGAAAGUGUGUCUAUUACACAGAAAAGUGCAGAAGUCACUCUUCAAUGAGUUUUAUUAUUAGUUCUAAAAAUAAAGAUCCACAGAAUGGUUCCUCUCUAACAAAGUUUGAUUUCAAGGGGCCUAACAUUCAGAACUGCUGAGUGCCUCUGAAAGUCAGGCCCUUAAUCUGCAUUCCUCUAGCUUCCCUGGAUCUUGUGCCAUCUCUGCUCUUUCUUCAUGGGUGGAAAGGUGUAAUGUGGCUAACCUGGCUAUAAACGUGCUGCAUAACGUGCUUUUACAUUUGCCUAUAAACAUUUUACAUGUGCCUAUAAACCCCAAAGUCAGACUAUACUUGUCAAGACAUAAAUAGCAGUAGUUGUAUUGGGAAUAUACCAUGAAUCUGAUACUGUGUGCUGGAAUAUUAAGUUAAUAAAAUGUAUAAUAUCUAAAAA